AUGGGUUCUAAAGUAGAGACUAAUGGUGGUGCCGCUGCUUUGGUAUCUGCUAAAGUUCCACCUUUGGCCAAUCCAUUGGCUGAAAAACCUGAUGAGAUUGCUUCUAACAUCAGUUACCAUGCUCAGUAUAGUCCUCAUUUCUCCCCUUUCAAAUUUCACCUUGAACAAGCUUACUAUGCAACUGCAGAGAGUGUUCGUGAUCGUCUCAUUCAGCAAUGGAAUGAAACAUACUUACAUUUUCACAAAGUUGAUCCCAAGCAAACAUACUACUUAUCGAUGGAGUUCCUUCAAGGUCGAGCUUUGACCAAUGCCAUUGGAAAUCUCAAUAUCCAAGAUGCAUAUGCUGAUGCUUUGCGCAAAUUUGGACUUGAACUUGAAGAAAUAACAGAGCAGGAGAAGGAUGCAGCAUUAGGAAAUGGUGGUCUUGGUAGGCUUGCUUCUUGCUUUCUCGAUUCCAUGGCAACACUUAAUUUGCCUGCUUGGGGGUACGGUUUGAGGUAUCGGUACGGACUAUUUAAGCAGAUAAUUGCAAAAGAAGGUCAGGAGGAAGUUGCUGAGGACUGGCUUGAGAAGUUUAGCCCUUGGGAAAUUGUGAGGCAUGACAUUUUGUACCCUAUCAGAUUCUUUGGCCAGGUCGAGGUUAACCCUGAUGGAAGCCGACAAUGGGUAGGUGGAGAAGUUAUUCAAGCUCUAGCUUAUGAUGUGCCGAUUCCUGGAUACCAGACCAAGAACACCAUCAGUCUUCGCCUCUGGGAAGCAAAAGCAUGCGCUGAUGAUUUUGAUUUGUUUUUAUUCAAUGAUGGGCAACUUGAAUCUGCUUCGGUUCUUCACUCACGAGCGCAACAGAUUUGCUCGGUUUUGUAUCCCGGUGAUGCCACAGAAGGUGGGAAACUCCUACGGCUGAAGCAGCAGUACUUUCUCUGCAGUGCAUCACUCCAAGACAUUAUUUCCCGAUUCAAGGAGAGGAGGCAAGGACCUUGGAACUGGUCUGAGUUCCCGACAAAGGUUGCUGUACAAUUGAACGAUACCCACCCAACCCUUUCAAUACCGGAGUUGAUGCGAUUACUUAUGGAUGUUGAAGGGCUUGGAUGGGAUGAAGCAUGGGCGGUGACAUCAAAGACGGUUGCUUACACUAAUCACACUGUCCUCCCCGAAGCGCUAGAGAAAUGGUCGCAACCUGUUAUGUGGAAACUGCUUCCUCGUCACAUGGAAAUCAUAGAGGAAAUCGACAGACGAUUCGUUGCAUUGAUAAGUAAAACCCGUUUGGACCUUGAGGACGAACUUCCCAACAUGCGCAUCUUGGACAAUAAUCCUCAGAAACCAGUAGUUCGGAUGGCAAAUUUGUGUGUUGUUUCUUCUCAUACUGUGAAUGGUGUUGCCCAGUUACACAGUGAUAUAUUGAAGUCAGAAUUAUUUGCAAAUUAUGUUUCAAUAUGGCCAGCAAAAUUCCAAAAUAAAACUAAUGGCAUUACGCCUCGAAGAUGGAUCAAUUUCUGCAGUCCUGAGCUAAGCAGGAUAAUCACAAAGUGGUUAAAAACUGAUAAAUGGGUAACCAAUCUUGACUUAUUAACAGGUCUUCGUGAGUUUGCUGACAAUGAAGAUCUACAAGCAGAGUGGCUGUCUGCAAAGAGGGCUAAUAAGCAGCGCUUAGCGCAGUACGUUCUGCAAGUGACAGGGGAGAGCAUUGACCCUGAUAGUCUAUUCGACAUUCAAGUCAAGCGUAUCCACGAAUACAAGAGGCAGCUGCUAAACAUUCUCGGUGUGAUCUAUAGAUAUAAAAAGUUAAAGGAGAUGAGCCCUGAAGAACGGAAAAGCACAACUGCACGCACGGUCAUGAUUGGAGGAAAGGCAUUUGCGACAUACACAAAUGCUAAACGGAUAGUCAAGCUUGUCGAUGAUGUUGGUUCUGUUGUAAACAGUGAUCCCGAAGUCAAUAGCUACUUGAAGGUUGUGUUUGUGCCAAAUUACAAUGUAUCAGUGGCGGAGGUUCUUAUCCCAGGGAGUGAGCUAUCGCAGCAUAUUAGCACUGCAGGAAUGGAAGCAAGUGGCACGAGCAACAUGAAAUUUGCAUUGAACGGGUGCCUCAUAAUCGGUACAUUAGAUGGAGCUAAUGUUGAAAUCCGAGAAGAGAUUGGCGAAGAGAAUUUUUUCCUCUUUGGUGCAACAGCGGAUGAAGUCCCUCGACUCAGGAAGGAAAGAGAGAAUGGACUGUUCAAGCCAGAUCCUCGAUUCGAAGAGGCAAAGAAGUUCAUCAGAAGUGGGGUGUUUGGAAGCUACGACUAUAACCCAUUGCUUGAUUCAUUGGAAGGAAAUUCUGGCUAUGGUCGUGGUGAUUACUUUCUUGUUGGUUAUGACUUCCCAAGCUACAUGGAUGCUCAGGAAAAAGUAGACGAAGCAUAUCGUGAUAAGAAAAGGUGGCUAAAAAUGUCUAUUUUAAGCACUGCUGGGAGUGGGAAGUUCAGCAGUGACAGGACCAUUGCUCAGUAUGCUAAGGAAAUUUGGAACAUUGAAGAAUGCCGCGUACCAUAA